AUGAGCAAGCCCGACCUUGCCAACGACGCGCAGGUGCCCAUGCGCGCCACGGUGCUGCGAUUCGGCGACGACGUCGAAGAUGCCAGCUACCCGGAAGCCUCUCUCGCCACCAAAGAUGCUGCGGUGCCCGUCGAGGCGAACGUCGAGGUGUGCAACGACAGGCACAGCAGUGGCAGCGAUCGUGAGAGCGUGUCGCACCACGCACAGACCCCGCGGCACGACUUCACGAGUGGCAUCCUCGACUGCCACGAGAGCUGCGCCGUGUGUCUCGACGCUUGCCUGUGCACGUACUGCACCGCCAGUGCGCACCACAACUUUCUCAUGAACAAUGAGGAGGGCAUUUACCUCCCGGUCUGCGGAGGGCUCUUCUGCAUCGAUGUCGGACUCAGCGCAGUGUCUUCGUACCUGCCGAGCUCUCUCCACCUUCACACCUACUUGAUGCGCAGCGCCAUCCGCAACCGCUACAACCUGCACUCGGCGAGCGCGGCCGUCGACUCUAGUGGGCACGGCAGCAGCAGUGUCUGUGGCUGUUCGACGGAGUCGCUCUCAGACAUCCUGGCCGUGUGCUUCUGCUUGCCGUGCGCCGUUGCCCAGCAUCAGCGCGAGAUCAUGCACCAUGGCGACUGGUGCGGCGGCGUCUUCAGCAACCGCUACUCGCUGCAGCCCCCAGCGACGGUGCACACAGUCUAG